AAUAUACCAAAAUAUACACUAAUAUGCCAAAAUAUAUCUGUCGACAUAUUUUGGUGACGUCAUAGAAAUAUAUAUUAUAGCUGCGUGUGCGGUCACUCGAAAAUUUAUAUUGAAAAUAUGUUGUAAUAUGUCUUGUUAUGAUUCAUAUUAAUAUAUAUUAUAGCUACGUCUGUGACGGGCUUUACUCGAAAUAUUUAUUUGACGCCUCAGAUUAAGUAACACCUAGUAUCAAAAUAUACCUACUCCGAUAUUUAUACCUCUAUUUGAUACCAAAACUUCAAAUUUUGCAGUUUAUUUAUUAUGUUGUUGUGGUUAAUAUUAAAUUUAGUUUUUAUUGAUUCGCAUGGAGUGGUUGUAGCAAACUUGGUCACUAAAUAGUUAGUCUUAUGUUGUAACUAUAGAGUAAAUAUUGCAUUACGUGUAUUCAUCAUAUUAAUCAUCAGUUUGGUUUAGUUCUGUGAAGUGAAACCAAUGCCCAGAUAGAUACAAUGGUUAUUUUUGGUGUAUACAUAGUGAGCAAAUCCGGGGGUCUCAUAUAUAACUAUGACCACAACAUUCCCAAAGUUGAAACUGAGAAAACAUUUGGUUUUCCUUUGGACCUCAAAUUGCAAUAUGAAAACAAAAAAAUUGUUGUUGCUUUUGGACAGAGAGAUGGAAUAAAUGUUGGACAUGUAUUACUAUCUGUGAAUGGAACACCAGUUACUGGACGCACCACAGAAGACGGGCGAGAUGUUUUUGAUCUCAUAGAAGUGAAGGAAAAUUAUCCACUAAGUCUAAAGUUUGGUAGAGCCAGAGCAACCACUAAUGAGAAAAUAGUCCUGGCCAGUAUGUUUUACCCGUUAUUUGCUCUUGCCAGCCAGCUGAGCCCUGUUCCCAAGUCUUCAGGGAUUGAGUCUCUAACUGCAGAUACCUUCAAGUUGUCCUGCUUUCAGACAUUAACAGGUGUCAAAUUCAUAAUAGUGACAGAUCCAAAUAUGCAGGGAGCAGAAGUGGUGUUAAAGCGAAUUUACGAGAUAUAUUCUGACUAUGCUCUCAAGAAUCCGUUCUACUCACUGGAGAUGCCCAUCCGAUGUGAACUGUUUGACACUUCCUUGCAUACAUUACUAGAACUCGUUGAGAAAUCUGGAACUACUAAUCUAUAGUCAUUUUAUUAAGUUAUAUACAAGUGUUAAGCUUGUAUGAU